AUGGCAUUCGAAUCGACUAGUGCAGGAGUUGCAGCCAGCAUAUACUUGGGAUUAUAUACGUUGUACCUUUUGUUAGCAAUACAUAUUGUUACGCAUAACGGCUUUAAGUUUAUCUAUAGGAUAUUAUUAUUGUUUAGUUUGCUCAGAGUGGGUGGACAGCUUUGCGGUGUUGCGUUUGCAGUAUUGGGAAUUGAACAUUUGAAUUGGUUAAUUGCAUAUUUGGUGCUUACUGCGGAAGGCUAUUUUUCAUUAAUUAUUGCAGCAUUUCACUUUGUUAUUCAGAGUCAGAUCAAGCAGACAGGAAGUUCGUGGUUGCAGAAUAAAAGGGGCACCCGGAAGAAACGUAAAUGGUAUCGUCCAUUCAAUUUGUCGUGGUCAGUACUUUUUCAUUUGAUUUUGAUUCCUGCGAAUGCCUUUAUCAUUGGUGGUGGUACAAUGUUGACGGGGUUGGAUCCUGAAAAGUUGAGCCAAGAGAAAUCAAAGAUAGAUACGUCUAAGGGAUUGAGAACAGCUGGCCAGGUCAUUUUCCUUAUAGAAACGUCUAUUGUUAUUGUUCUUCUGGUUUACGUAUACAUUAAAGAGAAAGUCAGAGGCCACGCCAUCUAUUUGUUAUUUACUGCUUCUCCAUUUUUGCUCGUAAGAGGUAUAUUUGGGAUUUUAUCUAUUUAUGUUGACAAGAUGGAUUACUGCCAGUUUGCGAACUACAAUGGAGCUGGUCUAACGUCGCAAUUCGUGGCGUACGAGUAUUGUCUUGCCACAACGAUGGAGUUUGUCACUGCUUGUUUCUUGAUUUCAAACUAUUUUCUUGAUAAAAAUCUGCAGGUAUCUGAAACUGACAGUUUCAACAAAAUUGAAUCUGAGGAUAGUAUAUCAAAAGCAUAG